AUGGUACAUUCUAUUGAUUACUGGUUGUGGGUGGAUUUGAUUACUCUGGAAUCAGAAAGGCUUUUGAAGAGUGUUGUGAGAGUCUAUCGGCAAGAAGAGGCAGACUUAUUCUACAUUCCGUUUUUCACAACAAUAAGCUUCUUCUUGUUGGAGAAACAGCAGUGCAAGUCACUUUAUAGGGUGUGAGUGCAUUUUGAGGCCUACAUUAAAGCUUUAUAUUCUUGUAUGUCACUUGGUUUUUUAGAAUUCCUAUUAAUGUCAUCUUCUGGUCUGGUAAAAACGGUUUUUUAUGUUCAUCUUUUAGCUGAACAGUCAGCAAAAGGAACAUUGUCUCAACAGCAGGUGUUGACUUGAUGAUCCUCUGUUGCUCGAGUGAGUAGGUGUUUUGGUAGAGUAGCAACCUAUUCAGUGUGUGUGGAAACUACAUGUACCUUUGAGCCUCGAUUAGGUAAUCCUCAACACCUGAGGUAUUCCUAUGGUAGUGCCUGAAAGCAAGCUAUAUGAGAAUGUUUUGACCUAUUCACUAGCUUCCACAAGGAGAUAGGCUCCAUGUAGUGGUAAUAGGCCGUAGCGACGAGCCACCAGU